AAACCACGCCACAAAACGACUGCUCCUGCUCUCGUUGCAGCGAUCAAAUUUCCCCAAUUGGAGAGUCGAGCAACCUCGAGGUUCGAAAUUUACAAGCCAACGAAAAUCCACUCUUCGUCGCUCAAGAAACGCCACCAUGCCUACAGUGAGUGUGGGCAGGGAUCGACUCUUCAAUGCUCUUGGCAAAACUUAUACUCAAGAAGAGUUCGAGGAUCUGUGUUUCCGUUUUGGGAUUGAGCUUGACGAUGUGACAACGGAGAAAGAAAUAAUUAGAAAGGAGCUGCAUUUGGAAGAAUCUAAAACGGUAGCGGCUGGUGAUGAUGAAGAAAUUAUCUACAAAAUUGAAGUUCCUGCAAACAGAUAUGAUUUGCUUUGCCUUGAAGGGAUUGCACAAGCUUUACGUGUUUUCCUUGGAGAGGAAGAGAGACCCACUUAUAAUCUGGCUGAAAUUAGCAAAAAAUCUAUGCUUAAAAUGCAUGUGAAACCUGAGACUUCUUUAAUUCGUCCCUUUGUUGUUUGUGCUGUUUUGAGAGGAAUGACCUUUGAUGAAGCAAGUUAUAAGAGCUUCAUUGAUCUUCAAGAUAAGCUUCAUCAAAACAUUUGUAGGCGAAGAACUUUAGUCGCUAUUGGGACUCAUGACUUGGAUAGAUUACAAGGGCCUUUUAGUUACGAGGCUUUGCCUCCUGCAGACAUAAAUUUUGUGCCACUGAAACAGGAUAAAAACUUCAGAGCUGAUGAGUUGAUGGAGUUCUACAGAUCUGAUUUGAAAUUGAAGAAGUUUUUGCAUAUAAUAGAGAAUUCACCAGUGUUCCCUGUCAUAUAUGACUCUAACAGAACUGUUUUGUCUCUACCCCCAAUUAUCAAUGGUGCGCAUUCAGCAAUCACUUUAAAGACUAAGAAUGUGUUUAUUGAAUGCACAGCCACAGAUUUAACAAAAGCUAAAAUUGUUUUGAACACAAUGGCGACAAUUUUCUCAUCAUACUGUGGAAGAAAGUUUGAGGUGGAACCUGUUGAAGUGAUAUAUUCUGAUGGGAAGUCAUUUGUCUACCCUGAUUUAUCCGUCUAUAAUAUGCAAGUUCCUCUAGAAUAUAUUACUGGUUUAAUGGGAGUCUCUUUGGAGUUGGAUGAGGUCACUUGUUUGUUAAACCGUAUGCAAUUACGUUCUGAGCAGUCCAUUGUAAAUGCUGAACAAUGUAACAUCAAUGUAACUGUACCUCCAACAAGAAGUGAUGUUCUCCACCCGUGUGAUGUAAUGGAGGAUGUUGCUAUUGCUUAUGGGUAUAAUAACAUCCCAAAAAAAAAGCUUACUUCUAUAAAGCCAUUGGCAUUGAACGAGCUCAGUGAUCUUAUCAGACUGGAGGUAGCAAUGAAUGGGUUUGUAGAGACUUUGAAUUGGAUUUUGCUCUCUUCCAAUGAGAAUUCUCAUAUGUUAAAUCGCGAUGAUGACAAAACUGUUGUCAUCUCAAAUCCUCGUACCUCUGACUUUGAGGUUGUCCGUACCAGUCUCAUGCCUGGUACAUUGAAAACUGUUGCAUACAACAAAGACCAUCCGAAACCCAUAAAGAUUUUUGAAGUGGGUGAUAUAGCAUGUUUGGAUGGGAAGAGAGAUGUUGGUGCAUCUAAUCGUCGAAUGCUUGCAGCAUUGCACUGUGGUGCCAAUUCAGGAUUUGAGCUGAUUCAUUCCCUGGUGGACAGAGUUAUGGAAGUUAUGGGAACUCCUUUUGUUCCAGCUGGUGAUGAUACGGGAUACUAUAUCAAGCGUUCAGAUGCACCUGAAUUCCUUCAAGGCAGACAAGCCAGUAUUAUUUAUAAGGGGAAGUGCAUUGGGAUUUUCGGAAUAGUGCACCCUGAGGUCUUGAGCAACUUUGGCAUUCCUGAUCCUUGCUCCCACCUAGAGCUGGAUAUUGAGUUUUUCAUGUAGGAUAUACUUGCUGUUUGCAAAUGUAGAAGUCCUUAUCUUUCAUUUUUGGACCAUUCAUCUUAACUCGAAAGCAGAAGUCCUUAUCUUUCAUUUUUGGACCAUCCAUCUUAACUCGAAAGCAGAAUGCUCAAGCCAUAUUGGCUAUGUUAUCGGAUACUGGUUGAGAUUAUUUAGAAACCAUUUUUUAAUGAUGUAGAAUGUGUUCACGAUACAAAAUGGAUUGUUGUACUCCUUUUGCGAUGUUCCUUGUCAGGUUUUUGUUGUUGGAUUCCAUGGAGAAUGGAUUAGAAUUGUGCUGUCUCUCUUUAUUAUUAUUUUUAUCGGUUGGGUUCGACUUGAA